CAACGGGCACACUGGCCAAAAGCGGCAUUGAGAAUUUUCCAAAUUUUUUCAAUUAUCGUGUAUUGGCCGGCGCACGCAACGACCGGUAGACGUAGCCACGCUUUCACCCCCUAACCAUAUAGCAAAAUAGUGAAAUGAAUGUUCCUCCUAGCGUUGGCAAUGGAGGAGCGCCGCCGGGCGGCAGGGGCAUGGGAUACACGCCGCCGACUGCCAUAGUGCCACAGUUUCCGCCGCCCGGAUUCGCUGCCCCGCCCCCGCCAGAGUUGGCAGCAGCAUUCGGCGUGAUGGCUACCAGCACGGAGUGGACGGAGCACAAGGCGCCGGACGGAAGGCCAUACUACUACAACCAGAACACCAAGCAGAGCUCGUGGGAGAAGCCCGAGGCUCUGAUGACGCCCGCCGAGCUGCUGCAUAACCAGUGCCCCUGGAAGGAGUACCGCUCGGACACGGGAAAGGUCUACUACCACAACGUGGCCACCAAGGAGACCUGUUGGGAGCCGCCGCCGGAGUACGUGGACAUGAAGGCCAAGGCGAAGGCGGAAGAAGCGGCUGCUGCCGCGAAGGCCGUGGCGGCCAUGACCUCCUCCAGUUUGGCGGGCAUGGUACCACACGCUGCUCUGGCCAAUAUUCUUCCAGCGGCGUUGCCCGCAGCCCCCAGGAUACCCACGCCCGAGAUUCACUCGCCCCUAACGCCGAGCAGCAACGAGAACUCUUCUUCUGCCAUGGACCAGGCAAUGGCGGCCACUUUGGCGUCUAUCGAGGUGCCCCAACAGAAUGCCAAAAAGGAUGACAAGUCGGAUGGCAAUGUGGUGUUCAAGGACAAGCGCGAGGCCAUCGAGGCGUUCAAGGAGCUGUUGAGGGACCGCAAUGUGCCCUCGAACUCCAACUGGGAUCAGUGUGUAAAGAUCAUAUCAAAGGACCCCCGCUAUGCUGCCUUCAAGAACCUGAACGAACGCAAGCAGACCUUCAAUGCCUACAAGACCCAGAAGCUGAAGGACGAGCGGGAGGAGUCGCGCCUGAAGGCCAAGAAGGCGAAGGAGGACCUGGAGCAGUUCCUCAUGUCCAGCGAUAAAAUGAACUCGCAGAUGAAGUUCUUUCGCUGCGAAGAAGUGUUUGCCGGAACUCGGGCAUGGACGGUGGUGCCGGAGGCGGAUCGGCGGGAUAUAUACGAGGAUUGCAUAUUUAAUUUAGCCAAACGCGAGAAGGAGGAGGCGCGGCUAUUAAAGAAGCGGAACAUGAAGGUUCUCGGCGAGCUGCUAGAAUCGAUGACGUCCAUAAACCAUGCUACCACCUGGUCGGAAGCUCAGGUCAUGCUGCUGGACAAUGCCGCCUUCAAGAACGACGUUACCCUGCUGGGAAUGGACAAGGAAGAUGCCCUCAUUGUGUUCGAGGAGCACAUACGCACCCUGGAGAAGGAGGAGGACGAGGAACGCGAGCGGGAAAAGAAGCGAAUGAAGCGGCAGCAGCGCAAGAACAGGGACUCAUUUCUCGCGCUCCUGGACUCGCUGCACGAAGAGGGCAAGCUCACCUCCAUGUCGCUGUGGGUGGAGCUCUAUCCCAUCAUAUCCGCCGAUCUUCGGUUCUCCGCCAUGCUGGGCCAGAGCGGGUCCACGCCUUUAGAUUUGUUCAAGUUUUAUGUCGAGAACCUGAAAGCUCGUUUCCAUGACGAAAAGAAGAUCAUACGAGAGAUCCUCAAGGAGAAGACAUUCGUGGUUCAAGCGAAGACCUCCUUCGAGGACUUUGCGACGGUUGUGUGUGAGGAUAAGCGGUCGGCCAGCCUGGAUGCGGGCAACGUUAAGCUCACCUACAACUCCCUGCUGGAUAAGGCGGAGGCCAUUGAAAAGGAGCGCAUGAAGGAGGAGGUGCGUCGGCUACGAAAACUGGAGAAUGAGAUCAAGAACGAGUGGCUGGAGGCUAACGUUUCGGUGGCCGAAUCGUAUGAAAGUGCCAAGAAGCUGGUGGAGCACCUGGAGGCGUUUGCGGUAUACGAAAAGGAAAUCGGUGUGGAGAAGAUUUGGGAGGACUUUAUCAAGGAGAGCGAGGAUGCGUGCAGCCAUCAUCACUCGCGAUCACGGAAAUCGAAGAAAAACAAGAAGCACAAGAAACGAUUGCGGUCCACGUCGCGGUCAGACAUUGAGAACGAGCUGGUUGAGGGUCUGAAGUCAAAGCGAAGACGCUCCAAGUCGCGAUCGCAUUCCCUUAGCUCGAUUGGCAGCAUCGACAGCGAAAAACUGCUGAAGAAGAAAAAGAAGCGCAAGAACAAACUGCGAGGCUCCUCCUGCGAGUCGGAUAUUGCUGGCAAUCUAACACCCGGCACACAGGCCCUCCUGCAGAACGACUCCAACUCACACUCGCCGGCCAAAAAGAAGAAGAAGGAGAAGCGAAGCAAGAAGGAUAAAGAUGGCAAGCGGCAUAACCGACACAACAAUCGCUCCACCACGCCCCUCAGUCCCGCCCAGUCCAUGGAAUCGGCGGGAUCGCGCAACGAAGAGCUCACGUUAAGUGACGGCGAGCUGGAAUCAAAGCGAGCUGCCCUGCUGGCCCAACUGAGCGAGCAGCUGGACGAGUGACCAAGCGGGGGGCAGGCAUUGAGCCUCCGCCGACAUAGACAGCGUGUGUUGCCCUCCAGCUCCAGCUAAAAGAGAUAAAUAAGCCAGCAGAGGCAGCAUCAGCAGCGGGUCACCUCAGUACUCAGCAGCCCCGAAAAGUCCACUGCUUAGCCACUCCGCCUAGCCAUGUUAAGAUCCACCCCUGGCCUGGCACAAGCCGCGCAGCAAAACUCUAAUGUAAUUUCUUAGUUUCUAUAAGUUCAAUCGUGUAAAUGAGAAUUAAAGCUAAAAAGUCAGUUUUAAAUUAUAAAAAGGAA